UCCCCGUCCCCGCAUCGCCACCGCGCCAUAUCGGCAAAUCUCUGAAGCGGAGCGGGCACAUCGCCUCGAGGCUUGCUUGCCCCCACCUUCCCCCCUUCCACCACCACCACCGAGAGCCGGGAGACAGACACGCCAGCAAAUCCGGACGAGCGACCCCGUCCCGGCCGCGGCAUGGGCUUCCCGGUGGGCUACUCGGAGCUGGUCCUCCCGAAGCAGCUGCUCCACCUCCUCCUCCUGCUGGGGUACAUCCGGCGCUUCCUCCUCUCGGCGUUCCACGCUGUGGGCCUCGGCGACCUGCUGGAUCUCGGGGACGACCACCAGGCGCUGCUGCAGGACCACCACCACGGCGGCGCCCGCGGGCCGCAGCUGGGGCGGGACCACGGCGCGCCGGCGCAGGCGCUGGUGCUGCAGCACCGCCGGCCGGAGUUCCGCGCGGUGCCGGCGAUGGUCAUCGAGGAGGUGCUCCCCGCGGUGCGCUUCGACGAGCUGGCGGCCUGCGUCGGCGGCGACUGCGCGGUCUGCCUCAGCGGCAUCGGCGGCGGCGACGAGGUGCGCCGGCUCAGCAACUGCCGCCACGCCUUCCACCGGGGAUGCCUCGACCGCUGGAUGGAGCACGACCAGCGCACCUGCCCGCUCUGCCGCGCGCCGCUCAUCCCCGACGAGAUGGCCGGCGCGCUCUGGGCCGCCGCCGCCGGCGUGCCCGACGCCUCCGACUUCGACCUGUCCUACUUCGGCGCGCCGCUCACGCCGGUGCCCUCCCCGACGCUGCUGCGGCCGCACGAGCUGCUGCUCAGCGGCCUCGGCGGCUACCAGUGAACUCUCCGCGCCCGCCCGGAAGCGACCGGCCCUGCGGAAUGCGCGGCCGCGGACCGGCUGAAUCGGUCGCCGCCGCCUUCCGCGGGAGGAACAAGGGAGAAGCGCAGCUGCAGCAGCGGAGGCACAGCAGAAGCGGAGGGGCGCCCUUGGCUCGAAUUGUACAUAGGCAAAAUGAGUAAAGCGAUCUUUUCAAAAAAAAAAAAAAAGUAAAGCGACCACCCCCCAAAAAAUGGCUAGGAGAUUAGAUUCCUCUUGUGCAUAGGUAGAUUCCGUCUUCCAAGUUUGUGGAGUUGUGAAUCUUUCCGCGGAUUAAUUUUGUUGAGCUAGGCGGCGUUCCGAUCCAAGAUCUGGGCCCCUUUCCUCCUUCA